UUCAUUGGACAAGCAAGCCCCCGCUCAGGAGUCAAGAAGUCUUCGCUGGGAGCUGCCGCCAAACCCAUAAUUUCAGAGUGCUGUCGGGGAUUGUUGCCAGGAGAGGCUGUAGUAACUAUGGGAAACCUCUUUGGAAACUUGCUGAAGACUCUAAUAGGGAAGAAGGAGAUGAGGAUCCUGAUGGUGGGGCUGGAUGCGGCAGGGAAAACCACCAUCCUCUACAAGCUGAAGCUGGGGGAGAUCGUCACCACCAUCCCCACCAUUGGCUUCAACGUGGAGACGGUGGAGUACAAGAACAUCAGCUUCACGGUGUGGGAUGUGGGCGGCCAGGACAAGAUCCGGCCUCUGUGGAGACACUACUUCCAAAACACGCAGGGCCUGAUCUUCGUGGUGGACAGUAACGAUCGGGAGCGGGUGAACGAGGCGCGGGAGGAGCUGAUGAGGAUGCUCGCGGAGGACGAGCUGCGGGACGCCGUGCUCCUCGUCUUCGCCAACAAGCAGGACCUGCCCAACGCCAUGAACGCGGCGGAGAUCACAGACAAGCUGGGCCUGCACUCCCUGCGCCACCGCAACUGGUACAUCCAGGCCACCUGCGCCACCAGCGGGGACGGUCUGUACGAGGGCCUGGACUGGCUGGCCAAUCAGCUGAAGAACAAGAAGUGAGGCGGGGCCGGUGGUCCAGGGGGGCGGGGCUAGAGCAGACACUCAUAACAGUGUAUGUGAAAAAAAAAAGAGUUUUUUUGUUUUUUUGGGGAGGAUCUUUUCACAACAGUGUAUUAGGAGGGUGGGUGGACUGAGGGGCACGGGAUACAGUGUUUUUAAUAACCCAGAAAAUGUCAGAGUGGGAUUUGAGCGUGUUAUUGUCUGAAUGUGUUUGUGACCAUCAUACCAUUGUGCAGGAACUCCCACACUGGCCUGUGAAUACUUCCGUGUGUUCAUAUCAGCGCUAGUCCCUCUCCGGUUUACGCUCUGUCAGUCAGCUUCUGCCCUAGGGCUGUUCGUUUCGAAUCGGUGCAGAGAAUUUCGGGCUCUGUCUUUACCAGUGACAUUAAUUAUGUUUAGUGAUGUUUUUCCCAGCAAAUGUGACAGGAAUGCAUGCUUAUAAAUUUAGAUUCUGCUCUACUGGCACAAACUAUUCACAGGAUGUACAAAGAAGUGUGAGCCACUGCAUCCCUACAAUGAAGAAGGCAGUUACCUGCAUCAUUUUCAGUAUUUCAGUAGUUUUUCCUGAAGUAAUCAAAAGUCAUCGAUUUCUUUGCCAUUGUAACUCAUAGAGGGCUGGAAUGAGUAUUAAUGUUCUUGGCUAUCCCUGUUCACCUCUAUGCGAGACAAAAUCUAAAAUACUUGUGAUUGUACAAUACCUUUGUUUUAGCCCACCAGCACUGGCUGAUUCUGAUUCUGCUCAUCAAGGUCUUGAUUAGGUUUAGUUAAUUGAAUCAGGUUUAGUUAUGCUAGGCUAAAACAAAAGCUUGCACCCACACCACCCUUUUUGGAUGGGAUUGGGCACCCCUGCUUCACACUGCUGUUCCCUCUGCCCUGUGUGGCAGGCUGAAGGCAGGGCAGGGGGGCUGGACAAGUGGCCCACUGCAUCAGUGAUUUAAUCCAUAUCAUGUUUAAAACUUACAUCUGUUUGUUUGGAAAUCAUGACUGUGAUUUAUUUAUUCUUUUUAUUGAAAUACUAUGUGUUCUUGUAUUCAUUUUGCAUCCCAUGAAAUGGAGUUUAUAUUUUGAAAAUAAUAAUUCAAUUUAUUCAAGGUACGUGGAUGUGCACACUAUGACUGAAAUUGAACAUGAGAAAACUAAAGGUUUGUCUAGUAUAACAGUCAUUUUCAGGGGAAACUGAAGAUUGUGAAGACUUUUUAGGUGACUGAUUGUUUGGAAUAGAGUUUCCAAUCUGUGGGAAUAUGUAACGGACAUUAAAUGUUUUGACUCAAAUGAAAGCAAAAUUAAGUGUUGAACAAUCAUCAUUCAGAAAACCCAUUGUCAUGGCAGUAUGUGCAUGCAUGUUUAAAGUAAAUCUGCGUGCAUUUGUGUGUUGCAUUGGGUUGCUUUAGCAUAUUGACUGCUACUGCUAAAAUUGUGUCUCAUGACCUUAAAAAUGUUGUUCAGACACUAGUAGCUGAACUAAGACACUGCUCCCUUGACAUUAAACCACCUUCAAGUAUAUGGAAUUCCUAUAACAGCUUGAGUGUAUAUAUACAGUAAUGAUGUUUUUCUCUAUAAUAUUCCUGUAACAUUAAAAUAUAUUUUAUGGGUUGAGGAGGAAGUGACUGAUACUCUUGUACAGAGAUGGCGGUAAUUGACGUUUAUGAUGGCGACUUAUUUACUGUUUCUACCGCCCCACUACUUAAUAAAUAUCCUCCCUAGUCCGUUUUAAAUCCAUCAUAUGUCAUGUUAAAUGUUUUUUUUAUAAAGUUUAUCUUCAUUGUGAACUAUUAUGAGUGUAAUUAUUUAUGAAGGGAAAAUAUUCAUACUGUUUUGAUGUUUUCCCACCAAUGGUAAAUCCCAGUUCUGGUCCUGUCUGUUUGAAGUACUGUUGUAGUUGUCUGUACAUAACACUGAUUGAUCAACCUGUCUAUCUGUGUAAAUUUGGCAAUUGUCUCUUCCAUUGAAACUGUAAUGGUAUAAAGUCAUUUUUGUGUCCUUCCAUUGAUACAUUACUUUUUAAUUUUAUUUUACCUGGCUUGCGGGUUAUUGCAAGGCAAUCACAUAAUCCCUAAUAUUAUGAUGCCAUGUGCUUGUUUUGCAAAAAUGUAUUUUUGUUUGUAAUUAUAAUUUGCUCAUGUAACAAGCUUGUGUUUGUUUUUUAUAAUACAUUUUGAUGGCUGUUGUUUUAACUGUGAAUGAAGAAACUGGAAGGUUUAUAUUUCUUUAAUUUUUACUGCAAUUUGAAUUGGGUCUUGUGUUUUUACGAUUAUUAAAACUUUUGGUUGGAGGUUUACUGCAGGUUACUGAAGCUGGUUCCUGAAGCUGGCUGCUCUGUCUGUAGGCUGCCUUGCCCACCUGAUUCUACCUAUUACUUUUUCAAAUCAACAUAUCAAUCAGUCACACUCUUUAUGUAUGCUUUUUAGUCCUCCAAAUCUGGAAUACCCAAUUAUCAUUACCUAGCUGUCUGACAGUAUAUGGAUUUAGGGGUGUGAAGACUAGCCUGGUGGACUACAACUUAUGUUGAGGAGGUGCAUGCAGACUGCAGAUGCCCAACUGACCAGAUGAAUCAAACUUAUGCUUUGAGACUGGGAGAGUGUUACUCACUGAAGCCCAUGGUCUCUGGGCAACACCACAGCCAAUUAGGAGCUGCCAGCCGGUCAGCAGCGGCACAGAGGUGAUUCUGUGGCAGACCAUGCAGAAUGGUUCUAUACACAGUAUGCUGGAGUGUCGAGCGCAUCAUUCCUCAGAUACACCACCCUACAACCCCGCCAAUUAUUCCUUUAGGCAAGAUAUCAACUCUGUCUUGUUGUCUUUAUUGAACCAAUUUAGUGACAAAUUGCUAUUGAACAAAGGUACUUUUCCAUCCCCAACAAGAACUGGUGAUUUCAAGCCCUUGCAGAAUCGCAGGCCUCAAAGCCUGAAUGCAGGUUGGUCUGGUUUAAUGUGUAAGGUCAAAGGUUUGGAGCUAGAUUGUGUAUGAAAGAUUACUGGACAAAUACGGAAUUAAAUGAACUGCUGUAAGGAAUAGAUGAGACGUGGUGUUUGGGAUGAGUCACAGUAGCUGUGCUGGAAAAUAAAGAUGUUUUUCCUCUGACCGUU